CUCAGGACGUUCAGACUUCAGAAUCGAUCCCUGAAUUAUCCCAUUAUUGAACCUUAUAAAUCGAUUUUCGCCACGUCAUGCCGCUGAGAGUUAACCUACGCGUCGUCAUGACCGAGAACGCGAAAGGGGAGAAGAUAGAGAGUAUAGAAUCUAUCAGAGGACCAAAAGACGAAAUGUGCUAUAUUUUCCCCCCGGAAUAUCAAGAAAGAAAGUACCAUCAACAAUUAUUCAGUUUACCAACAGUGAAAAAGACCGCAAACAGUCUAACCAAGGUAGGCCAAUAUAGAAAUAUUAAACUCACAAUAGACGAUGAGACAGCAGCACUGUAUACCGAUAUGGAUUCAAACUUCGUAUUCUGAGACAUUGUCUUAGAGGAAGCAGAAAUAACCUCCACAAGAAAAACAAAGACGGAAAUCGAGAAACUCAACCUGGACAUGGAAAAACUUCUAGAGACCCUUCAAAGAUGAGAUAAGAGGGAAAUAGAGGAAAUAAACUUCAAUAUAGAACGAUUUGAAGGAACUCAGAAAGCCACAAACUGGAUAUCAGAGUAUGAAGAGGAAUGCAAAAAAUACAAAAUGAAAAGCGAUGAGGAAAAAGUCAAAGGUUUGAGAAAGUACCUAGGAAAAACAGCAAAAAGGUGGUACCAGACAAAUCUAUUGAAAGCUGGAGGACACAACUGGGAAGAUUGGAAAGAAGCAUUUCUCAAAGCCUUUAAGAAUAAAGGUUGGCCGGCAAUACGAUAUGCUUACAACUUUAAAUACCUUUCAGAUUCAUUCGUAGAAUAUGCAAUAGAGAAAGAACGACUAAUAUUGGAAGUACAAAGGGAAAUGGAUGAAGAGGUGAGGAUACACCUGAUUGUCAUUGGAUUACCUAUCGAAGUCCAGGACAAAAUCGAAAGGGAAAAUAUACAGACAACAAAUGACCUAAUAGGAAUAUAUUUAAAUAUAUUAUGCAAACGUUGGACAACGUUAUGUUUUGUUAAGCUAACAGGAUACACUAAAAGUACAUUAUCAAGAAAGGGGAUGUGGCCCGUAAGCAAGUAUGUUCUUCUAGAUAUGACCAAUCAGACAGUACCUGUGAUGCGGUUAUCUCGGAAGUAUAUUGCGGAGUCGGUAGAGAGCGUUUCCUGACCUCUCGCCAGGGAGACAAUAGAUGAGGAUUUAAGGGUGUCGAAUCGGGAUCCAUGCAACGCGAAGGCGACUCGUUCCUUCGCCCUUCCUCUUCCUCUUCGCCCGAUGUGCUUUCCUCUAUGACGAUUUGAGGCUCGCCAUAGUUUGCCACAUUCACAUUCGGGCUGUACCAUUGUCUUCUCAUCUUGAUUUAGAAAACUCUCACUUGAACAUAAAUAAAACGUUUCUUCGUUGAAACCGUAUCAUAGUGGAGAACGAUCGAACAGUACAAAAGAAUGAAUAAAAAUAAGUCACAUUUUUAUUAAUUUUCUUUUGUAUCUAAAAACAAAUCUGAUAGAUUCAAAGAUACAAGAUCUUCCGAUCUUCCUUUAUUGCACGGACGAGCAGUUGCAGAAGCACGUGUUCCCCAGACGGAUGGACAGAGAAUUACAUUAGAGAGACAUACAAGGUUAUAGAAUAGUUGUUUGAGAUUGUGAAGACUGAAGAUUUAAGAUUUAAAGACUGAAGAAGAAAGAUCGGUAGCUCAGGACGUUCAGGUUGUUCGCGAAUGAAAGGGAAUCGUCUCGAGAAAGAAAAAUCGCUUAUAAGUAUUUGAGCACAUCGAACUUUCAACGCUCGUGAGAGUUUUCUAAAUCAAGAUGAGAAGACAAUGGUACAGCCCGAAUGUGAAUGUGGCAAACUAUGGCGAGCCUCAAAUCGUCAUAGAGGAAAGCACAUCGGGCGAAGAGGAAGAGGAAGGGCGAAGGAACGAGUCGCCUCCGCGUUGCAUGGAUCCCGAUUCGACACCCUUAAAUCCUCGUCUAUUGUCUCCCUGGCGAGAGGUCAGGAAACGCUCUCUACCGACUCCGCAAUGUACUUCCGGGAUAACCGCAUCACAGAUGAGACGAAUGAGCGAUCGUGGCGGAGAAGGAUCAGGACCAGCUCCUCAGCUAGAUGGCCGAAGAAAUUCGGUCGUUACGAUGGAAAGAGUGUCAUCGACGUUGUUUGGCAGUAAUCGUCAGUUGGACGUUAUGGACAACAUCGCAGACCUAAAAGCGAGGAAGGUGCGCUUAAGGAUGUACAGGACGUCGACGGAGCAAGUGUACGAAAUGCAGCCGCUGGAGGGUAACAGUUCUGUUCAACGUUACACUGAACAGCCGAAACAACGAUUCUUUGAAAUGCCUACUCUGUCGGUUUCGCCGACGUCUUCUCUCCGAAAGCGCGUCUCGGAACUGCCAAGAGCCGCGAGAGCACCCGUUUUCGGUGCUGCGGGCAUGGUCUGCUCUAAUAGGGAUCUGAUAUCGAUCCUAAGCUCGGUAGGGUCUUCCGCGACGGAAAUGUCGAAGAAGCCGGAAGAUUUAGCAACGGCCAGUUCAAGUCUUAGGUUCGAUGAAUUGAAGGUAGUGAAGGCGAUGAAGAAAAUGUUCGGUAAAAAGUCCCCUAAUAGCGAGGUCGUAUGGGACAACACUAGUGGAACCAAAGUGGACGCUCAGGUAUUUGGUAGCGCAAUUGAGAAGAUAUUAACGGCGCAGAAGGGAAACGAUACGGAGAUACCGAGGGCUUCCGGGUCGAGCGGAAAGCCCUCGGUAUCUUCGAACAAACCAAUGUCAGGUGAAGUGACAAAUUUGUUUUGGAAUAGCAAGAACCAAAAGCAGACGGAAUUCAGCGAACCGUCUCUCUGUGCUUCCCUAAAGGACCUAUUCAAGAAGUAAUGGGGAAGAACAAAUACUAAUAAAUGUUAAGUGUCUCUAGUUUAAUUAACACUUCUUUAUCUAAGAAUUUCUUCCCUAAAAGACCUAUUCAUUAUGUAAUGUAGAAGCACAAAUACUAAUAAAUGCUAAGUUUCUCUCGUUUAA